GGUGAAGGUCCCCAGAACGCCGCUUACAAUUACCCAGCUCUGAGCACUAAAAAGUCAUCAUCUUUUAACAGAAGGGUAUCAACAGGAAGCAUGCAGAAAUACAACAGAGCAGGCCGUACUGACAAGAGAUUCUCUAUAUUUGGAGAGAAGCCUCCAGAAUCUGAUACUUUUAAGGGGAUUAUUAACAGUCUUCUCUGGGCAGGUAGUGACAGCUUGCUCUCUCUUGCUGAGGAGUUCUACCGAAAAGAUAAGCAUCAAAUCACAAUUCCUGAAGAUCUGCCUGAGACAUUUGAACAGUGUGCCGAACGGCUCAGACAGAAACUGUUUUCAUACCAAAGUCAAACAGAAAACUACUAUAAUUCCUGUCUAAUAGAAUUUCGGGAUCAGUUGAAGUUGUUUGAGGAGCAACUCCCUCAUGUCUCACAGUUGGCAGUUGAUAGUCUUUUAAAAGAGCACAAGCAGAAGCUCAGCUCUUCCAUCGAUCAGAUUCGGCACCUCUUCAAUAAGCAGCUGGAAAACUGGGAGAGUAUAAAGGCUGUGCACACAAACCAAUUGCGUCCAUCUCUGGGACAUCCAGAUAACUUGCUUCAGCUGGAAUCUUUGUGUCGAAAGGAAAUAAAAAGGCAAAAAGACCAAGCUGAUGCUAUUCAUCUCAAUACACAGAAGAUGCAGACCAGUGCUACUGAGUGUGCUCAGAACUUUGUUUCUGCACUAGCUGCCUUCACUGAAAAGCUGCUUCUGGAAUUAGAUGAAAGCAUCACUAUUGAUGAUGUAGAACUAGCAAAAAUUGAAAUGCCAAGAGAGAAGAUAUCCACCUUACUGCGUCGUAAGCAAGCUGGGCUCUCUCUACAAACCUGUGAAGUUGAACAGUUGAUUGAACGUGGGAGCAGGACUUGGCCAGGAAUACCAACAACUACUCUUACAGGCGUUUCAGGUGAUGUUCUUUGCAGGGAAACUGCCUCUGUGACAACUGCUAAGACUACACUGGGUCACGUAGCAGUAGUAGAAGCAAGAGAUGCAGUGUAUGAGAAAUACAAAUGUAAACUUGAGCAGAAAUUUGCCCAGAUCAAGGAAGAAAGUGAAGCUCAGCUGAUAAAAGCUCAACGCUGGGAAGAUUGGUGGAAACACUCCAUUGAGAAGAUAAAGCAGCUCUAUACAUGAGACCAGUCAAAUCUUGCUAAUGUCUUUCUGUUCUACAAAUAAAUGUAGUC